AUGGAGCAGGAGCGGGAGACCCUGAAGACGUGGAAGGAGCGUGUGGGCCUGGAGCUGGAUCGAGUGAUGGCGUUCUGGACCGACCACUCGCAUGACCAGGAACAUGGGGGCUUCCUCACGUGCCUGAGCCAUGACGGCAAAGUGUAUGACGACCUCAAGUACGUGUGGCUGCAGGGCAGGCAGGUGUGGACCUACUGUCGCCUGUACCGCAAGAUUGAGCGCUUCCGCCGCCCUGAACUGCUGGCUGCAGCCAAAGCAGGAGGCGACUUUUUGCUGCACCAUGCUCUGGUGACGCCCCCUGAGAAGAAAUGUGCCUUCGUGCUGACCCGGGAUGGCCGCCCCAUCAAGGUGCAGCGCACAAUCUUCAGCGAAUGUUUCUACACCAUGGCCAUGAACGAGCUCUGGAGGGUCACAGGCCAAGCACACUACCAGACUGAGGCGGUGGAGAUGAUGGAGCAGCUAGUCUACUGGGUGCGGGUAGACCCAUCAGGGCUAGGGCGGCCACGGCUCCUGGGGGACCCCGGUGCCGAGCCUAUGGCGAUCCCCAUGAUGCUGCUGUGCCUGGUGGAGCAGCUGGGAGAAGGGGACACGGAGCUGACCGCCAGAUAUGCUCAGCUCGGGGACUGGUGUGCGGCCAGGAUACUACAGCACGUCCAGAGGGAUGGGACAGCUGUGCUGGAGAAUGUGGCCGAGGAUGGCAGGGAGCUCGCGGGCUGCUUGGGGAGACACCAGAACCCAGGGCAUGCUCUGGAAGCUGGCUGGUUCCUCCUCCGCCAUGCUGCCCGCAAAGGUGACAACAAGCUUCGCACUCUUGUGGUUGACAAGUUCCUGCUGCAGCCCUUCCGCUCUGGCUGGGACCCGGACCACGGAGGCCUGUUCUCCUUCCAGGACAUUGAUGGCCUGUGCCCUACCCAGCUGGAGUGGGCCAUGAAGCUUUGGUGGCCGCACUGUGAAGCCAUGGUCGCCUUCCUCAUGGGCUACAGUGAGACUGGGGAGCCUGCCUUGUUGCACCUCUUCUGCCAGGUGGCUGAGUACACCUUCUGCCAGUUCAGGGAUCCCGAGCACGGGGAAUGGUUUGGCUACCUGAACCGAGAGGGGAAGGUCGCCCUCACCAUCAAGGGUGGACCUUUCAAAGGUUGCUUCCACGUGCCACGGUGCUUGGCCAUGUGCGAGGAGAUGCUGGACGCCCUGCUCGUUGCCCUGGCCCCGUGCCCCGCGCCCCAGGCCCCAGGCGCUGCGUCCGCCCGCGGAGACGCCGAAUAA